AUGUGCAGUUACGAUUGCUCGGUGCACCCAACUGAUAUCAACGAAGAUAAUGACAUCACAGGGAUCGGAGUUUUGAUAGGAUACUGCGCAACUGCCGGCAUCGCGGUGUUCAUUAUUCUGUUUCAUUACUUGUUUUCCUACGAACCUCGUCUCGACCCUUUUCGAGAGAACCAGGCCAAUCCUCUAUGUGUACGGUCGCGACCGAACCCAAUUGAUGAAAUAGUGCUUAGAGGUCCACGAGAACUCUUUUUCAAGGUAUUCGGUAUAACGAAUAGGGGGCGGAAAAAUCAUGCCCGGUUCGAAAAAUCGCUCGUCAAGUGCAUUCUCUCUAUGAGUGAUGUUCAAAUCAUUACCGGCAUCUCUAUCAUUGUCAGCGGUGCGGCACAGCUCAAAUGCGGAAUCUCGACACACCAAUGGCAGGUGCUAGUCUACCUCGCAUGGUUCUCUAGCCUGACCCAUCUCUCAUGUCUGACUCUUCUCCGAAACUGCCUACAUCAGCGGCCGGCAGAACGAAUCUGGCGGCUCGUCUGUAUGUUUGUAUUAGUUGUACUACUGAUCUUGGCAUUCCUUCCAACGGCUAACUACAGAUGGCAAUAUGGAUAUUCUGCAAAAAGCACCGGCCAUCCUGCACUUCAGGUCUAUGCCAUCUGCUACUUAAGACCAGUACAACGUCCUGAUCCAGCUCGGAAUCAUAUGUACGCUUCGGUUGACAACGGCCAUGCCUUCAGUGAUUCUUCCAUAAUGGCUAUGUCUAUAUCAGUCGUUUUGUUGUUUGUUGGCUUUGUGUGCAGGGUGUUAAAAAUGCACCAGAGUCUGUCAUAUUUUUUUGCUCGGACUAUCCGCGGUAGUAUCAGCCGUAUGCUACGCAAACCCUUGCGAACAAUUGAAGGCUGGUGUGUUACUCCAAGUUUCCUUCAUAGCCUGCAAAGGCUUCUGUUGUAUCGGCCUCUUUUGGCCCUUUUCCUCACUCUACGUAUCCUAGUAGAGACCUGGAACUCGAUGUUUUUUGAAGUGGGUUCAUCAAUGAUUAAAUUUAACCCCAAGUUUACUGAAAACCCAGUUUCAUUUGGGGUGUUCAGCGUUUGUUCAGCGCCGUGCGUCUCUGCCAAUAGAGAAGACAUUGAAUGGAGCUUCGGUCAGGUAAUGUCUAUUGCACUUCUUGCUGUUCCUUUGUGUAUCUGCAAUUGGUCUCUUCCAGUAAUUGCUGACCCAUCUCAAGAAUCUAAGACUCAGAAAGUGGAGGAGCGUCAGGGCCAAAUGUGCUCUGUUUCGGUCGACCGAAGUGAGGUCAUCUCUGAAUUCCGGCCUACAGCGAGCUCGCCUUACCGGUUUCGCAAGAUUUGGCUCUUUUACUACGCAUCCUGCUCUCUGGUCGCUCCAGCUGUAACGCUGGUUCUCUCUCUCUGUGUUGUUUCUCUUUCUCUUUGGUGUCUCAUACGGGCAUGCACGUUUAACGACCUGGAAGGCCUGGGGUUUUUGCAGAUCUCCUUUUAUCCUUGGGGCUUGACACCUUUGGUAUUGCCUUUUUGCAUCUUCUAUGGUAUCCUUUUCUCCUUCCUGAUCGCUAGUAUCAGAUCGAAAAAACGACGUAAGGGAGAGGGUCAUAGCUUGCUUGUGCGAUCACUACCUGUGUUAGUAAUCAUUUGCUUGACUGGUGCCGCUUUUGUGAUGUUUGCCUUUGAGGUUUCUGGGCCUUACUCCGGUUGGGCCGCCAUUGGCGUGGCUGGUUUGUACUUCCUUUGCUCUUUGUUUGCUUUAGCCGGUGAUUGGCAUACAAGAGUUCACCUCGCCGAAGUAUAA